AUGGCUCAGGCGGGCAACGUUCUUCACUUCAGCGGGCACCUUCACCUCAGACAUCGCCUGGUGCUGUCUAUUCUGAGUGGAAAGGCUGUGAAGAUUGACCACAUACGCUCGGAGGACAAAAAUCCCGGGUCUAAGAGAUGUUUCGCAGACUACGAGGUUAGCUUGCUCCGGCUGCUGGAACGCAUAACGAAUGGGACGGUUAUUGAGAUAUCCGUGACAGGUACUGCAAUCCUGCUGAAGCCGGGUGUGAUAGCAGGUGGACCCGCCGUGAUCAUGCUCGCGCCAUUCUCGAAGAGACCUCUGCAACUCACGCUACGAGGCAUCACGUCUGAUGACCGCGACCUCUCUGCAGAUCUCAUUCGCACCAUCACAUUGCCACAGUUACAGCUUUUUGGCGUGUCCGACGGUCUAGAGCUGCGCAUCAGGAAACGUGGUAGCCCACCGCUUGGUGGCGGUGAAGUCCAGUUCAUAUGCCCUAGUGUCAAGCAACUCAAGACGCUCGACCUCGUGGAGCGGGGCAAGGUUAAGCGGAUACGCGGUAUUUCACAUGCCGUACGCGUCAAUCCGCAGUUCUCUAACCGCAUGAUCGAAGCCGCCCGCUCAGUGCUGAAUCGCUACAUCCCUGACAUCUACCUCUACUCCGACGUCUACAAAGGCGAGGAUAGCGGCAAGUCUCCCGGCUAUGGGCUUUCCCUCCUUUCCGAGACCACUACAGGGGCGAUGCAUUGCGCCGAAGCGCUCUCCCAGCCUGGCGUCGCACCCGAAGACAUCGCCCUUCUCGCCACUCGUGCACUGCUGCAGGAGAUCCAGAGGGGUGGAUGCGUAGACAGCCACCAUCAGAUCCUCGUCCUGCUUUCAUGGAUGGGUGAGCCUACGGCGCGGACGAUCCAAUUUCUUAGAGAUGUGAAGACGGCGUUCGGGACGACCUUCAAAAUCGUGCCGGCGGAGAAGAUUGACCCGGCGUCGACGGAGUUGCUCUACUCAUGCUACGGGGCUGGUUACGUCAAUGCCAACAGAACACUCUCAUAG